UUUUCAAGUAUUAAGACUUGUCGUUCUUUCGUGAAAGAUGGCUGCUCACAUUUUCUUAUUUUGUCUUCUAUUUGCAGCUGGCAGUGCAUCGAAUGAGGUUGAAAAUGGCAAACUUUGUGUACAAGGCGCUCAAGAAGACUAUAUUGAAUCGAACUGGAAGCAAUGCACAUGGAAGGAAGAACUUAACAUGAAUUAUGGUCUUAUAAAGUCUUGUAGUUUUUUUAAAAAAUGUAACAACACGUACCUUCGUGUGUUCUAUGGUGGUAAUCUCCGUAUUUCUGACUGUGACUAUUGUUGCAAACGAUGGUAUUUUAAAUUGAAUGGAAAAGAAUGUAGUCCAACAAUUGAAGGUGUCCUCUACAUGUGGAAAGGUAAAGGAACACAAAAUAUUCAUCGUCAUCGUCAUAUAGAGGGAUAUUGUGGCAACAUUAACAAUGGUACAGUUAAUGUUGGCUUCUAUGUCGGCGAUUGCAAUAAAGUAAACGCUGGUUAUGCAAACAGUGGAUGGAAUUCAGUCUCUCGAAUUGUGAUCCAAGAAGUUUCACCACCUCAGACUUAAGUCUGAACAUUCUGAAGUCCUUACAUCUUGUAAAUUUAUAUUGAUAUUGCAUAAAAAAUGAAGGUAUACAUAAAGAAAGACAUAAAGUAAGACAUAAAUGUAGAUAUAUCACGGUAGAUAAACAUGAAGAAAGACACAAUGAUUGACAUAAAGAUAAAUAAAGGUAGACAUCAAGUAGAUAUAAAUAUAAACAUUGUGACAUAAAGGAGAUGUGUAGAAAUUGUGUGAAAUAGUCACAAAUAUUAUAAAAAAUUCUUACUCAAGAAA